UAGGGUUAUGCUAAGCCUAACCCGAGGCUGUUUCUCUGCCAGAUUUCGAAAGGUCCAAUGAUCGGUCCGAGAGCGGACUUCGCCUCCUCAUUCCACUAGUGUGCGGCUUUCUACAGCAGGCAGAUGCAUUUCUGUCACACAGCCUGACCUCCAGACUUGUUUUUUGUGCUUCAAAAUUGGCUAGAGGGGUUUUCGUUUGUUUGAUAUGUUUUAGUGACAUACUAGUAAGCAAUGAGUCGAGGAGUGCACAGCCUAUUUCGGUGUUGGAAUGCAGAUGAUGGCUAUGUUUCCCUGCGGCGGAGGCUCAGGCUCUGGUGUAUAUGCUGAAUCAAUUCCAAGACGCCGCUUUAUCUCAAUUGAUACUGCCAAAUACCCGUCUCUCAUCGUUUCCUUAGAGUAAAUCAGAUCAGCAUGGCAGUCGUCGCCAGCAUGUCCAGUAAUUGGCCCAGGGACUCAAACGAUUCCAAGGACCCCAACCAUGAACAUCACCUCUCUCCCCCUCGUUCGGGAUAUCAAGCAGAAUUGACUCGAGCCUUUGCAACUCCAUCUCCAUCUUCAGCAAACUUUUGGGCCUCGUGUCCAUCAUAUUCCAGUGUCGAGACGGACAGAGAGGUCGUCUCGCAUUCGUAUUAUCUUUUGAACCUGUCGUGUCGAGCGUCUCAGAAAAACAACAUGUAGAUUGGAGACGAUACGAUCCGCCGGCUGAGCUACAUCACAUGCAGGAUGAUACUUCGGGGGGAGAUCCGGGGACUACUGCAAACAUCAAUUGAGAGGAUUAAAGCAAGACAUGCAGAAGAAGAGGAAAGACGAGCCGCUGCUGCUCGUCUGAAGAAACCGUUAGCGAGAGCAAAUCGAGUGUCGAUGAAACCAAGAAGACUGGUAUGACCAAAUUUUCCACGUAGAGCUUAGAGAUUUGCUAAUAUCAAACUCAGAGUACGAUCGAUGGACUGCGUCCUCUGGAUCCAACAGAGAAUUCAAGAUUGAGUGUUGGGAGCCAAGUUUCUGUAGCUUCAACAGACUCCGGCUACAGUUCGAUACCUGUAGAUACAAAUUUUCCCUCCAAACCAUCGAAGUCCGAGAAAAGGCUUUUCGCUGGGCUCGCCGCCUUUGUAAAACCAAAAAAGGGAAAUAAAUCCAUUAGUCCUCUGGAACGACUUGGGGAGAUGAGCAAUGUUCUCGCACUUUCGGAUACAAGUGCAGCAUUUUCAACAGCAAGAUUGUUUGAGGCUGACAGUACCGCAAUAACUACAGGGUGAGUACAAUAUUCCAAAGCUUGAGUUUCUAUGCUAACAUUGAAAGGGAAUGCGUUUCUUGUUUUGAUGACUUCCCAAUGAAAGGGUUGGUAAAACUCACUUGUCACAAUUACUGUCCACCUUGUUUCGCGAGAUUGAUAGAGUACGUUUUCUCGAGAUUAACAUCUCUACCAACCGGCCCUCGCUUGUAUUCCACUUGAUAUCAAUCCUCCUAACAGCUCCUAGCAACACCCUACAAUCCGAAACCCAAUUUCCCCCCAAAUGCUGUUUAAACCCCGUCCCUUAUCCUCUCAUACCUGCAAAACUUCAAAAACCCUACAGAGCCAGACAACUAGAAUGGUCCACACCGGCAUCCUCGCGAGUCUACUGUUCUCACUCACCCUGCAACUCCUUAAUCCCAUCCAUCCACAUCACACCCUCCCACCAACUCGCCGCCUGUCCCACCUGCCAUAAGAAAACAUGUACAGCAUGUCUAGGCGCUGCUCACCAAGGCGAGUGUCCGGAAGAUCCAGCAUUGAGGCAGACAGAAAACUUGGCGGAGAUGCAGCGCUGGAAGAGAUGCUACGCAUGCCAUGCUUUCGUGGAUCAUAAUCGGGGAUGUCGACAUAUGACUUGUCGAUGCACGGCGCAGUUCUGUUAUAUCUGUACUGCGAGGUGGAGAACUUGUUCUUGUACCGAUGCGGAUCUGGCUACGUUGCAAGAACAGGUCACUCGUCGGCAGAACGAAACGGAAAUGGGGAGGAGAGCUGUCGCGGAAGAAGCUGCCAGAUUACAGCGGUUGAGAGAGGAGGAGGCCGAGAAUGUUCGGAUGGUUGCUGAGUUUAUUCGUCCGGAUGAGGAAGUGAGACGUGUUGAGGAGGAACGGGAACGGGCUGCUACUGAGGAGAGAAGACUUCGAAGAGAAGAAGAAAUCCGGGUGCAGAAACAGGUUCUCCUAUCCUCUAUUGCAACGAGAUACAUUGGCUUGAGAAUGGAGUUUGAGGGAUUACAUCUAUACCAGAGAUCCCUCCUCGCCUCUCGCCAAGAGUAUGCAACAACAACGCUCUCCCAAAGUCUCGCUGACAAGUUGGAGAACCUUAUGAUCAGUCACGCAGGAGCUCUAGAUGCCUUAUCCACUACCUUCCGACGAGACUUGGAAGCCCUAGAAUCAGUAUUUGAACAGGAACAAAACGAACACCUCCACACCGCCCAUCAAACCGAGCUUAAAUACCUAUCCGCUCUCCGCGCACGAGCGGAUUCCUCUACUUCCAUAGCUCAAAUCAAUGCGUCGGUCAAAGAGCUAAGGAAUAAACAUGCAAAAGACUACCAAGUCUGGGACCAGGAUAGAGUACAUAAGAUAGAAGACUUACGGCGUGCUCAUGCGAGCCAGGCGGAGUUCUUGGAGUGGAAGCAGAGAAGUGAGGUUAAGGAGGUGAGGGGAAGAGGGGAGAUUGAACGGGUUGAGGGGGUUAAGAGGGGAAAGGCCGAGCGUGAGUGGAUGGAUGCUGUGUCAGUGGAGAGAGGGGAGAUAUUGGGGGAGAUGGAGAGGAGAGAGGCUGAGGCUGUUGAGGUGGAUGGGGGGCUGAGAUGGAUUGAUUAG